AUGCUCCUACAAAAACAUAUCCUUACCCUUGUGUUUGCCUCCUUGGUGGCAUCCCAGGCAAAUAAUAAUAACGGCAACAACAAUAACAACGGUGGUAAUAAUAAUAACAAUAAUGGUCAAAAUGGAUUUUCAACUUCAUCAUCAUCUGCUGCCGUUGGUGGUGGUGAUUCCACCUCUUUAUCCAACACUGCUGCCUCUUCAAGUUUGAAUUCAAAUAAUGGUCCAGGCUCAUCUUUUACAUCCUCAACUGCAACAAGUUCAUCUAGUUUUGGUAAUACUGGGUUUUCAUCAUCGACCCCAUCUUCUUCAAUAGCCAACCCAACAACCAGUUCAUCUAGCUCUACAAGUACAAGCAGUUCCACUACAAGCUCUUCCACUUCACCAACUAGUACAUCUUCAUCUACUACAACAGAUCAACCAUCGUCAUCAUCUGCCCAACCUUCUUCUUCAAAUAAUGAUCCUACAACCACACAAUCAUCAACUUCAUCAAAUACUCCAUCUUCAUCCCCAUCUUCAACUUCACCAUCUUCCACUACUCAAACAUCUUCAUCAACUACAGAAACUUCAUCUUCUGAGACUACAUCUUCUACAAGAGAAGCUGCAAGAUCAACAGCUGUGGUAACAGUGACAAGUGUGUUCACUUCAAAUGGUCAAGUAACUACUCAAACACAUGAAUCUUCUUCAACUUCUUCAUCAUCUGCAACACCAACUAGUGAUAGUAAUAACAAUAACAAUAAAUCCAGUUCAGGUCUUUCUCAGAAGAAUAAAGUUGUUGUUGGGUGUGUUGUUGGUAUAGUAACACCAGUAUUAAUCAUAGGUGCAUUAGUUGCGUGGUGGUUUUCUAGAAAGAAUAAACAAAAUGUUGAUCAUUCAGGUAAAGAAUGGAAUGACGAUGAAGUUGUUGAUGAUGGGUUAGAUUUCGAUGACGAUGAAGCUGUUGAUCGUUCAAAGAGUGUUAAUAGAGCUGUGAAUUUUUAG